CCUUCCAGUCUUCAACUGCUGGUUCCUCCUCCUUCUGCUUCGUCUGCCACUCGUCUCUCUCGGUUUCGAACAAAGCAAAAAACAAAGCCAUUCCCCAAAUUCCACUCGCCUCCUUCUCGAGUUUCUCCGAACUCGGCUUCAUUGGCGAGCUAGAACUCUCUCCAUCUCUGUUUCUUUCUGCACAAAUGGAUUGUUCUUGAGCCCCCCUGCCGAAAUGUGUGAUACGCAUCGAUUUCAACUCCGUUUGUUUGGGUUUUAUCGGUUCCGGAUUCAGCAAUCGCGCUCCUACUUUUGUCUAAUCUCUUUUCUCGCUUCCACACACCGCCUGCAGUCCGGCGAUUUCGUUGAAAGUUUGUGUGGUUUAUGAGUUGUUAGUAAUGGUGUCUGCUAAUGACCCAAUCGAAUCGUUUUUCAACUCGAUUCAAGUUGUUAAAGAAGCGCUUUCCCCUGUCGAAUUGGGCUUCCGGAAAGUUGCGAAAGAUCUUGAGUAUUGUCUGCCGGGACAUAAGAAUGAGGAGAAUUUCAUUAGAUUGAUUUUGCGACCUAAGGAUGAGGAUAAGCAGAGCAAAGCUGAGAUCUAUGGUGCGAAGAAGCGGGGUUCCUGUGGCGCUGGGGAUAAGCGGAAGCAAGGGUUAUCGAUUAAGGUUCCAGUAAAGGCUCUCUUCGGAAACUUUGCACGGAAUCCGGGGAAUUCGGAGGUUUCUGAGAGCGCAUUGAAAGAGGAAGAUUUCGCUAAGGAGGAGGCCUCUUGUGCAAACUGUUUGCAGUUUGCACUCUCGUGGUCUUUGUUGGUUAACAAUGUCGUUCAGGCACUUCCCCGUCCUUUUAAAACAAUUAAGAAGCGAUUACAGAAAACGGAUGAGGAAGAAAAAGUAGGUUUGUGCAGGAAGCAAAAAAUUUCACGUGAGUCAAAACAAAGGGAAAUGGAGAGACAACAUACUAAACCAUUUCAGGGAAGUUUGACGCAUGAUGAUGGAAAACAUGUAUCAUUUGAAUGCUUAAUAGGUUUUGUUUUUGAUCGGUUGACACAGAAUCUUCAUAAGUUCGAUCAAGAUGGGGCAGGAAAUCUUGAUAAGAGCUAUGAUCCUCCUCCACAGUCGCCAGUGGCCCCUCAGGUUGAUCAUUUCAAGGUUGUAGCAAACAUUUGGGAAGGUCGAAAGGCAGAAGUAAAUGGGUUUUUCGGGAACUUGCGUUUUGCAAGAGUUGGAGGUGCUCCAUCAGGCAUAGUUGGAGUCACUUCUUCUGUGAACGAGGGGGAUGAUGGGGUUUCUGCUCAGAAUAGGGAAGAAACUAGUGGCAUUUCACCCCAGAAAGUGGCGAGUGGUAUUCUUAGCAUUCCUCUUUCUAAUGUUGAACGCUUGAGAUCCACAUUAUCUACAGUGUCAUUGACGGAGCUUAUCGAGCUUUUACCACAAAUAGGGCGGUCAUCUAAAGACUAUCCAGACAAGAAGAAGCUAAUCUCAGUCCAGGAUUUCUUCAGAUACACAGAGGCUGAAGGAAGGAGGUUCUUUGAGGAGCUGGAUAGAGAUGGUGAUGGCCAAGUGACUAUGGAGGAUCUUGAGAUUGCAAUUAGAAAGAGAAAAUUGCCCAAACGAUAUGCUCGGGAGUUCAUGAAUCGCACAAGAAGUCACAUAUUCUCGAAGUCAUUUGGUUGGAAGCAAUUUUUAUCCUUCAUGGAACAGAAGGAACCAACCAUUCUACGUGCGUAUACUUCUCUCUGUCUGAGCAAGUCUGGGACUUUGCAAAAAAGUGAAAUAUUGGCGUCACUUAAAAAUGCUGGACUUCCUGCCAAUGAAGACAAUGCCGUUGCUAUGAUGCGGUUUUUGAAUGCAGACACCGAAGAAUCCAUCUCAUAUGGACAUUUCCGGAAUUUUAUGCUUCUUCUUCCUUCAGAUAGACUGCAGGAAGAUCCUCGGAGUAUCUGGUUUGAAGCUGCUACUGUUGUUGCUGUUCCACCACCGGUGGAAAUACCUGCUGGCAGCGUUCUAAGAUCUGCAUUGGCUGGAGGCCUUUCUUGUGCACUGUCUACUUCUUUAAUGUUCCCAAUUGAUACAAUUAAGACUCGCGUACAGGCAUCAACGUUGACUUUCCCUGAAAUCAUAUCCAAGCUUCCACAGGUUGGUGUGCGAGGUCUGUACCGGGGUUCAAUUCCUGCCAUUCUAGGACAAUUUUCAAGUCAUGGUUUGCGAACUGGAAUAUUUGAAGCAACUAAACUUGUUUUGAUAAAUGUAGCUCCAACACUCCCAGACAUACAGGUCCAAUCCCUUGCAUCGUUCUGCAGUACAUUUUUGGGGACUGCGGUUCGGAUUCCGUGUGAGGUUCUAAAGCAGAGGUUGCAGGCAGGACUCUUUGACAAUGUAGGUCAGGCAAUUCUGGGGACUUGGAACCAAGAUGGCCUAAAGGGAUUCUUCCGUGGGACUGGUGCCACUCUUUGUAGGGAAGUUCCAUUCUAUGUUGCCGGCAUGGGACUUUAUGCUGAAUCCAAAAAGGCUGUCCAGAAGCUUCUUUCGCGCGAGCUCGAGCCCUGGGAAACAAUUGCGGUAGGGGCAUUGUCGGGCGGGCUAGCUGCCGUUGUUACUACACCCUUCGACGUGAUGAAGACAAGAAUGAUGACAGCUCAGGGUCGAUCUGUUUCAAUGUCAUUUGUUUUCAUUUCGAUUCUUCGCCACGAGGGCCCCAUCGGCCUAUUCAAAGGAGCACUGCCCAGGUUCUUCUGGAUUGCCCCCUUGGGUGCCAUGAACUUUGCAGGCUAUGAACUCGCAAGGAAAGCAAUGGACAAAAACGACGAGCUUGCAGCAGCUGACCAAUUGUCCCAAAAGAAAGCAGCCGCAGCUGGUUCUGCUUAAAACUCUCAACCCCUUUUUUGGAUCAUAAAGGCCGUGGUUUUGAGGCAAAUCUUGUCCACGUAAAACCCGCACUCUCCCUCUGGGUUUUAUUUUUCCUGGCUAUACUGUUAAAAGGAAUCACUUGGAUUUUUCAUCUGUCGACAUCACUGCCAUUUUAUGUUUCUUUCAAUCGAACUUUUUAGCUUUGUCAUUUUUCUGGAAACAUUUGAGCUUCCCUUACUCUGCCAAUUUAGAUUCAAAUACAUGUCUAAUGUAUUUUCCUUGAACAAGUUCAAAGUGCACAUUUUUGUACAUUUAUGCCACCCUCCAAGCUUUUCAACUUUUACUUUGAUAUCAAUACUGUGUACAUGUAAGGUUGAAGUUCUGCUUGAUUUCUCAUGAAUGUAACCUAAAGUAGAUGAUAAA